AUGAACCCAACAAUAACAGAGCACGACUUUCGUUUUCCAAGAAGACCAAGUGCAUGGCCUACCGCUACCACUUACUACGCUCCCACUCAACGCAGCGGCCAGUCGAGCCAUAACCCAAACUCUCGCAACGCCUCGGCCAGCUUCAAGGAGCACAAGACCGACAUGGCCGGCACCUAUUCCCUCGCCAGACAAGGUCUGGGCGGUACUGCUCUCUUCCCCUUCCUCCAGAAUGGCCUUGCCGAUUCCGAUCGCAGCGUCGACAGGAUGCAGCAGGACGAUCCACUUGCAACUCAGGUCUGGAAGUUCUUUGCGAGGACCAAACAGCAGCUUCCCAGCCAGCAUCGCAUGGAAAAUUUGACCUGGCGCAUGAUGGCCCUCAGCAUGCGCAGGUACAAGGAGGAACAGGAGGAGCAGCAGCGACAGAACGAGGCAGAUGCCCGACGAAAGAGGAACACGGAAGCCAGUAACCGUCUUACACGCCCGAUGAUGCAAAACUCUCCCAGCGGCAUUGCCCAGUUGCGAAAGUCUUCUGAAAACAAUAUGGCCCAGCCCGAUGCCAUGAAUCUUGACGAUUUCAUCUUUUCCGACAAUUCUGCUUCACCUGUCAACUUUGCGUCCCCACAUGCCGAUAGAAUGAGCGACGACAGGUCCGGCAAUUCAAUGGCCUCGGCCAUUCCCAUCAAAUCCCGCAAGGAGCAAUCGCUUCAGGCCUUCGUCCCACAAUCCGUCCCCGUCCAGCCCCUUCACCAGGCCACCCAGGGCCAUGAGUUCAAUUACGUGAACCGCCAUCUUCGAAAAACCAGCAUCGAUGACCGCAGAACCCGAAAGCGCCCCGCUGAUUUCUCACCACACGUCCCGGCUGUCAACAGUACUGUUGCGCAGACCGAUCUUGAUCUGGAUUCGGAGCUUCAUGAUUACUCUUUGGACCAAACAAGCCAGCCCAAUGUCCCUCAGCAGUCCAAUGGCGCCGGCGUCCCUUAUGGUCUCGACACUUAUAUGGAAAACGAUUCCAUUACCAAUAACAACAACAACAACAAUGGCAACUUCCAGCAGAAUUUCUCUUUUUCUCCUUCCACCUCACCUUUGAUACCCCAUGGUCCAUUCUCUGGCAUGUACCACAAUUCAUCAGUUCCCUCAGCGUCUGUGAACAACAAUAACAACGACUUUUACUCACCCCCAGGCUCAGCAUUCCCGUCGACUGUUUCAACUCCGCACCCAGUGCCCGAACAAGACGGUUUCUAUUUUGGCUCGCAGGAUGCACGAACUCAAAGGACUCAGGGUUUCCAGCAAAGUAUUGGAAGCAUGCUUAGCCAGCAGUUCAUGUAUGGAGCAGCCAAUGGCAACAGUGGCAGUACCAUGUUCUCUGCCCCAGGAACUGGAUCAGAGUCUAUGUCUGCUUACAGCACUGCUCCCAGCUCAUUUGGGCAUAUUGACCCUUCCCAAGUGUUUCACAGCGACCAGCCUGUGACCUCGCCUACCAUGCCGAUGCAACAAGAUAAUAUGUUCUCUUUUGGAGCCGACUCUGAUGAUGAGGAGAACAAUGCGUUUGCUGAUCGCAAUGUGUCGAUGCAAAAAGACAUCUCUUCAUCGCUCGAUGAAUCUGGAUCCAUGGGCUGGGAUGCAAGUUUGCCAGGCCAGUUCAGCACCCAAGCAGCUCGUUUCCCUGGUGGGCCAACUCGCAAGCAGGUGACAAUUGGCGGAGCAACAACUGAUUUUGUUGAUAACAAUGGAGAUUGGGAAUCGAACGGUCUGGAGCGCUCUCAGUCACAGUCUUUCAGAGGAGGAAACAUGAGGAGACAGCACCCCAAAUUGCCGCGAAAUGCGUCUACGCCCGUGCAUUUUGCUGGACAGCAGAAUGGGUUCGAUCAACUUGCGCAAUCCAUGCAAAGCUCGCCCGCUGGCGAUGCUAAUGGGACCAUGUCGGGAUUCUCGUCUGUUGCUCCAAGCAGACCAUCGUCGCCCCUUCUAUCAAAGCAGGGAUCGACGAACAACCUGCAGGCAGCCGCAGGCAACGGGAACGAUGGAAAUGCUCCGACCACGUGCACGAACUGUUUCACUCAGACGACACCUUUGUGGAGACGGAACCCUGAAGGCCAGCCACUGUGUAACGCUUGUGGUCUUUUCCUCAAGUUGCACGGUGUUGUGAGACCUUUGAGCUUGAAGACUGAUGUUAUCAAAAAGCGCAAUCGUGGUUCUGGAGCCAACGUGCCAGUGGGAGGAAGCAGCACUAGGACUAAGAAGACUGCAAGUGCAUUGAACUCUCGCAAGAACUCGACUUUGUCAAUGUCCACUGCGGUGGCAAACAGUACCAACCCGACACCAAAAGCAACGACCCCGCCUGCUCACAGCCAGCCUGCGAGUAGUAAGGAUGCUGAGAGUCCUGUCAGCGGUACUACAUCCGGGACAAACACGGCUGGAAGCACGCCAAACAGCCAUGUUGCUGGGCCAGGCCCUCAUUCUGGCUCGGUAGGCGGUAAGGGGGUUAUUCCUAUAGCAGCUGCUCCCCCUAAGACCAGCCCUGGGCCUGGGGCUUCGUCGAUGACGAUGCAGCGGCCUUCCACUGCCUCUUCAAAACGACAACGUCGUCAUAGUAAGAGCAUCGAGGGAGAUGUGCCAAUAUCUAUGGACAUCGACAGUCCUGAGUCUACUAGCUCUAUGGAUGCCCCUCGCCCAUUCGGUUCCUCUGCCGGGCUAUCCAGCUUACCAGGUGGCAUGUCCUCCAGCAGCUUCAGCCUUAAUCAGCGACCAAGCACGCUGGGCUCAGCCACGGGCAUGAUCAGCAUGUCCGGUGGGCAAACAAGCUCGUUGAUUGGUAGCUCCGCCGGUCCACAAGAAUGGGAGUGGUUAACAAUGAGUCUCUAA